CACAGCACUGGCACCGGAGUUUUUUUUCGAUUUUUUUUUUGGUUUUUGCACAGAUUUCGAAUAAAUUCAGUUUUUAACACUUUUGGCUCUUUUUGGCAGAGAAAACAGCAAUGGAAGAGGAGUUCCCAGAGAUUCAGCCUGAUGGCUCACUAUUGCUUGCGUGGCAGGUCAAGGACAGACCAGUGCUUGUAGUGGGAGGAGGAGACGUGGCUGCUUCGAGGGUGUAUCAUCUUCUCAACGCCAACGCCAAAGUCACUGUUGUUGCUCCAAAGAUCAGCAGGGAGAUUCAACAUCGCUAUGAGAAUAACCAGUUGUUUGAGUUGGUGCAGAGAGAGUUUGAGGACGAGGACUUGACGAGAUACGAAAACGACUCAGAGUUCCAAAGGUUGACUCGACAGUUGGAUGCUCCAGAUUUAUCCAGCAAGCAAAUCGAUGAGCUCGAUUCCAACAUUGAAAAUUACAUCAAAAACCACAGGUUUGCCUUGAUAUUGACUGCAAUCGAUGACCCAAUCAAAUCAAAAUACAUUUACUUGAAAGCAAAGUUGAACAACUUUGUGAUCAAUGUUGCAGACAGACCCAAAAAUUGUGAUUUCUAUUUUGGUUCGAUAUACAGAAACAACUAUUUGCAAAUAUUAAUAUCGUCGAAUGGCAGAUCUCCAAGAUUGACGAGAUUGAUUAAUGACAAAAUACUAAAACCGAACUUAGAGAAAGAAGGCGUUGAUUUCAAUAAAAUUAUCGAUAAUUUGGGCUAUAUCAGAAAUAAUUUAAAGACAAUUGUGGGUCAAAAUAAUAAAAUCAAAGAAAGAAUGGAAUGGAUCAAGAACUUAACUGAUUCCUACACUUUUGAAGAAUGGUCCAAAUUUGAGAAAAAGGAUUUAGAUAAUUUUUUGCUCGAAGGAAAACUUCAGCUUUUAAAACUUGAAUGAUAUUACAAAGGAAUAAAUGAAAAAUUUUCAUUAUCUUUGUUUUUUUCUUUUUUUCUUUUUUUUCCAAUUUAUCUAUUUAUUCAUUUGUUCAUUUGUUUAUUUGUUCAUUUGUUCAUUUGUUCAUUUAUUCAUUUGUUAAUUUAUUCAUUUGUUCAUUUAUUCAUUUAUUUAUUGAUCAUUUUCACUGAAUAAUUAUGAAUGAUUAAUCAAUAAUAUGCUCCUUUACCUUUAUAAUCAUUACUCACGUCAUCAUUACCAAUAUUAUUUUUAUCAAAAGAAUGAGGUGUCCAAAAAUCAUAUUGAGUU